AUGGUCCAAUGUUCAAACCAGUUCUCGUGUCUUGAUUCCUCUGAUACCACUCUGGGCCCUCCUCUCCUUUCUUCGUCUCCUGGCGAUCAGCAGUAUUCACCCGACUCCACAACAUCAUGUUCUCAAUCAUCUAAACCUAUAAGGAAGCACUCCCUGUCUAUUUUGACAGUUAAUUGUCGAAGUUUGAGAAGUGAGAGGAAGAGAUGUGAACUUCAGUCCCUUGUGGAUACCUUCAAACCUGAUAUCAUCAAUGCCACUGAAACUCAUAUUGACGACAAUGUCCUUACAGCUGAACUAGGGCUUCAGGGUUAUGAAAUCUAUCGUCAAGACAGGAAAUGUGGAGGUGGAGGUGUUCUGGUUGCAACAAAGCAGGAUUCUAUUAUAUCUUCUAGAAUCCACUCACUUGAGGAUGAACAUGUUGAGUCUGUAUGGUGCAAAAUUGAAAUUGCUGGCACCAAGCCAUUAUAUAAUGGGUGUAUGUACAGAACCCCAGACCGCCAGCCCGAGUCUAUUUACUACCUAGACUCAACAUUGAACAAAAUCACAUCAAGCCCUUGUUUGCCUAACGUCCUAGUCACUGGAGAUUUUAAUCUACCUGAUAUCUCCUGGGACUGCACGGACUGUGAGAAUAAAUAUAUUGUUAAGGCUAACCCCCAAUAUGGAGUUCUGGUUAAUCAAGCCUUUAUUGAUACCAUCCAUGAACAUUCUCUGUCCCAAGGUGUAACAGAGCCAACUAGAGAAAACAACAUCCUCGAUCUGGUGCUGACAACUAAUCCGGAUCUGAUCUCCAGGACUGAGGUGCUCAAUGGCAUGAGUGACCACAGCAUAGUCCUUUCCACUGUCAAUCUAAAAACACGUACACCCAAGAAAAAACCCCGCAAGGUUUUCUUCUAUAAGAAGGCUGAUGUCUAUGGUCUAAGGGCAGCCGUUGCUAAUGCACUAGCCCCUGAUUGGCAGGAAUGGGACCAGCCUAUUGAAACAUACUGGGCUUUUUUCAAGGACACGCUUUCUAGCAUUAUGGACAUUUAUAUCCCUCACAAGCAUUUAUCUGGUCGUUGGAAUGUACCCUGGAUGACCGGCGAAAUCAGAAGAGCCAUUAGGAAGAAGCAAAGGCUCUACAAUAGGGCCAAAACCACACAACGCCAGUCUGACUGGAUGAAAUUUAAAAAGCUCAGAGCCAAAGUCAAAGAACAAUUAAGAGAAUCAUAUCACUCAUAUAUUGCCAACCUGCUCGAACCUCCAGAACAAGACAAAAAGCCAUCUAUGGGUAAACGAUUUUGGUCCUUUGUCAAGUCUAGGCGCAGGGAUACGGUGGGAGUUGCUGGUUUACGAGAAACGCCUGAUGGCAAUGUCAUCACAGACAGCAAGACCAAAGCUGAGAUUUUAAGCAAUCAAUUCAAAUCAGUUUUUACAGUUGAGGACACAUCCAACCUCCCAGUGCUGCCUACAUCACCCUUCCCUGACAUCGCCGAUCUGCAGUUUGACACACGUGGUAUUGCUAAGCUCCUAAAGAGUGUUGAUGUGCACAAAGCUAGUGGACCCGAUCAAAUCCCUUGUUGGAUACUAAAAACUGCAGCUGAAGAGCUAGCCCCCUUUUUGCAAAAGCUGUUCACCUACUCACUUCUUACUGGGCAGAUUCCCAAGGAUUGGUGCAAUGCUAACAUUCAUGCAAUUUUUAAGAAAGGGAAUAAGUCCCUAGCUUCUAACUAUCGUCCUAUAUCUUUAACGUCAAUCACUUGUAAAAUCAUGGAACACAUUUUGUUUCGCCACCUAAUGUCCCAUCUCGACAGCAAUAAUAUCCUCCUACAUAUACAACAUGGCUUCAGGAAAAAGUAUUCCUGCGAGACGCAACUUAUCACUGUGCUCCACGAACUGUGUUACAAUCUUGACCAAGGAAACCAAACUGACUGCAUUCUACUUGAUUUCUCAAAGGCUUUUGAUAGGGUUGCCCAUGGGCGUCUGCUUCAGAAACUUGAUUUUUACGGUAUCCGUGGAGAGCCACUUACGUGGGUCAGGUCUUGGCUAAUCCACAGAAAUCAAACAGUUGUUGUAGAGGGGGAGACAUCAAAAUCAACCAGAGUCACAUCAGGGGUCCCCCAAGGGACUGUCCUGGGACCACUGAUGUUCCUCUUGUUCAUCAAUGACAUCAACUCAGGGAUUACUUCACGUAUUAGACUUUUUGCGGAUGACACCAUCUUAUAUGGCCUAAUCGAAGGCCCACAGAGUGCAGCAGUUAUUCAGAAAGACCUUGAUCUCCUUUUUAAAUGGUCUAAAACAUGGCAAAUGUCAUUCAACGCCGACAAGUGUAAUAUUAUCAGAAUACAUAGAUCCAAGUCUCCCAUUGUUUAUAAUUACACGCUGGGUGGGACUCCAUUAAAAGCUGUUCAGAGCCACCCAUACUUGGGUGUAGAGUUGUCCUCAAAUCUGAACUGGAACACUCAUGUCACUAAUAUUGUUGGAAAGGCUAACAAAUCACUCGGUUUUAUAAGGAGAAAUCUUGGGGCUUGCCCUGAUUUUGUUCGAGAAAUAGCGUACACUACCCUCGUGCGCCCACGUGUGGAAUUUGCUUCUAGUGUGUGGGAUCCACAUGUCCAGAAGCAAAUAAAGGACCUAGAGAGCGUACAAAGGAGAGCGGCAAGAUUCGCAAAGAACUGCUACAUUUAUGAACCAGGGACUGUGACAGGCUUACUAAAAGAACUCAAAUGGCCCUCCCUCCAGCUACGAAGGAAGAUGGCGAGACUUACUAUGUUCUACAAAAUGGUGUAUGGCCUUGUAAACAUAAAUAUUCCCAAAGAUCUCCUACAAACUCGCAAGCAAUCUACUCGCUCCUCUCACCCCAAGAGAUUCUGGUUCCAGAAAUUUGGCCAUGUUGGACCAUACAAAGAAACAGUUGUCAGGGCAGAUGAUAACACAAUAAUUGAUGUUGUCCCAAAGGGGAAUCCUUUGGAGGAUCCAGUUGUCAAGCAGACAAUCCGUCAGCUCUCUAAAAGAGCUAAGAGGCCCACAGCUGGAGAUGUUGUUCGUGGUAUGAAACCAUACGAACCCAAAAAGGCGCCACCAUUUUCCAUUUUGGAUAUGGUCCGUAUGAAGAACUACUGCUUCAAAACAAUUGAGGGCUUCAGAGGUUUGUGGUUAUGGACAGUAGUAAUUUUUUCAUUUGGACUCUUUUUGAGAGGAGAGGAGCCACUGAGGCUCAAAAUAAACCAUUUGAAGCUGCCACCCAAUUAUGAUGUCAACUCUGGUGAGCUUCCCAAUCGGAUAGAUGUGAAAAUACCAUGGUCAAAGGCUGACAGACAAGCUAAUAUAAAUUACUUCUACAUUUCUAUUUAUCGCAUGUAGUACCAAUUUUGGUAGAGUAUAAAAAUGUAGGAAAGAAACCUAUCGGUCGUUUUUAUUUUUCCGAUCUCUGCUCAAUUCGACUCUGCCAAAUUUUUGUCCAUAAUAAGACUUCUUAGCUUUAGAGCUGAAAAAUAAUUUCUCGAGUACCUGACGGCUGUGCUCCACGGUCAGUUGUUUGUUUAUGCACAGGUCGCCCAAGUUAUGUGCUUGUUCUUUUGUAGUAAAUAAAUCCAGAAGUCUUAUGAAUUUAUUACUAAAAAAACGAGCACAGAACUUGGGCGGCCUGUGGUUUAUGCAAAUUGUUCUUCCACUAACAUUCCAGCAUGCGAAACCCGCCAACCAGUAAUUUGAAGUUUUAAUUUGUCACGCCAGCAUUUUUCUGCCCUCUGUUUCAGUUUACCCAGAAAAAACAUUCUUAUAUUGUUACAGUAAAAGAUUUUGAUGUGUCACAUUUGUAAUAAGAUUGUAAAGACUAAACUAUACGCAUCACAGUACGUGUUACAUGACUGCAAACGUGACAUCACUGUACGUGUGACAUAACUGCAUGCGUGACAUAACUGCAAGCGUGACAUUACUGAUGUAUGUGUGACAUGACUGCAUGCGUGACAUGACUGUACGUGUGACUUGACUGUACAUGGGACAUGACGGUACGUUGCCAUGACUGCACUACCAUGGCACUACUUUGAAGUAAUUAGCAGUAAAAAGAUAUUGCAAGGUGGAUUUAUUUGCAUGUGAGACUUGGAUGGCUAUCACUAUUAAGGGACUGUGCAAUAAUUAUAAGGAUGGGGGAUUCUGUAAAAUGUUAUUUGAUUAAUUAAAAAUUACGUAGGACCCCCCUCCAGCAGCAUUAAGUUUAGCUCUGACCCCCCUUAUGUUGUUUAAAAAUUAUGAAGACCCCCUUUCCUACAUGUCAAUUUAAGUAAGGCCCCCCUCUUGUUUUACAGCCUACCCCCUUUCUGAUAAUUGUUGCACAGCCCCUAAAUAUACCAUAGUCAGUAUAAUGGUAACCAGUAAAUGUACCAGUUGGUAUAAUGUUAACCAAUAAAUACACCAAGUAUACAUUUAUUGUCCUAACAAUAAAAUGGAUUAUUUUUGGAGGUAAA